GCAUUAGCAAUUUUUUUUGGCUACCUCGCCUGGUUCAGGGCUUCUCCUCUCCCUAAUUCCGUUAAAAAUCGUGUGGAGAAUGGAGAGAUUGACAAACGGAAAAAGAGAAUCGCAAAAAGAGAUCAAUCGAGCUUCUGAGUACUUCCUUGCGACCUUAUGCUGAGCUCUCUCGUCUCACUCACCUAAUCACCACCUCAAUAACUAGGUUUUGGGCUUUAGUUAGAUGGAUAGACCCAGAGACCGAUAUGGUGAUUAUGCGGAGUCCCAUAACAACUCGCAUUCAGCGACGUCGUGUUGGUCGGAAGACCGUCCGACACAUUACGACCGAAACUUCGAGGAUCACAGAAGCAAUUUCCCCGGCGAUGGCAACAACCAUCAUCACCGCCAUAACCACCAUCAUCAUUCGAACGACCCCCACCAUCACUCGAGCGACCCCCACCAUCACAGUUCCAACAACACACCGAAUGACUCAAUUGGAGGCGGCGGAGAGUGUGGUACCAGUCAUUCUUUUCCUCUUUCUGGGCGGAAGAGACAGUUUUCUCACACCGGCCUAGGAACAUCUCCUGAUUUUAUUGAUCGUGGCGGUUUUGUGAAACUUUAUGUCGGGGCGGUCCCAAGGACAGUUACAGAGGAAGAUAUUCGCUCUGUGUUUGGAGAACAUGGAGAUAUCAUUGAGGUUAUCCUUCUCAAGGAUAAAAGAACUGGUCAACAGCAAGAAUGUUGUUUUGUAAAAUAUGCGACGUUAGAUGCCGCUGAUCGAGCUAUUGGAGCAUUAAACUCUCAAUAUACUUUUCCUUGGGGAAUGAUGCCCAUCAAAGUUAAAUAUGCCGACGGGGAGCGAGAACGCCUUGGUAUUUGCCAAAGCAGUAGUGGCACAGGGAACAUCGGCGCACAUGUAUACAAACUAUAUGUUGGUUGCCUGAACAAACAAGCUUCGAGAAGAGAAGUUGAAGAAAUGUUUUCCCCUUAUGGUCUUGUUGAAGAUGUCUACAUUGUGCGUGAUGAAUGGAAGCAAAACCGUGGGUGUGCAUUUGUUCAAUUCUCUCAUAGAGAUAUGGCCGUUGCUGCAAUCAAUGCACUACAUGGAACUUUCAUGAUGGAAGGUUGUGAUCAGCCAUUGAUUGUUCGCUUUGCGGAUCCCAAGAAGCCCAGGGCAGGAGAGUCAAGGGGCCAUUCAAAAUUUGGCGCUCCAGGAUUUGGUCCCUGUCUUCAAGACUCAAUUGUUAGGUCAGCAGCAUCUCACAGUGACCCCGAGGCUGGGCAGACACUGCAUAAUGAUUUGCAUCCACCAAGUCCAAAGCAGUCUCCACGCAUCAGAAGCAAACCUCAUAUAGUUUCAAGCAAUUUUACUGCAUCGGAGCAAGUUUUGCCUUCUGGUCCUCCAGUGGCCAUAAGUGCUCAGACAGCAGAUCUUCCGGACUGCGAUUGGAGUGAACAUAUUUGUCCCGAUGGAUAUAAUUACUACUAUAAUUGUGUAACAUGUGAGAGCAGGUGGGAAAAGCCUGAGGAGUAUGCCCUUCAUGAACAACUACUACAAAAGCAGCAGCAGCAACAUCCUUGUCAACACCUUCACUCCCUACCACACCAACAGGAUCUUCCUACCCCACAUGUUUCUGAAAUGCAACCGGUGCAAAGUCAAGCACACCUGUCCCAUCAGCAACUCCAACAACACUCCUAUUCUACACCAGAACAUGAUCGCAUGCAUUUACAGGCAACCACAAGCUCAGUGAUUCCUCCAGCUUGUGUCUGAGAGGUACUGGUUUUAAAGCUUUUUUGUUCAGUUUACAAUUGACGGCAAACAACCAGAGGGGUUUGGCUGAUCAUUAGGGCUAUUUUGAAGCAGGUAAAUGUUCUGCGCAUCCGUUCUUCUGCCUAUGAACUUUUUAUCCUCAUCAAUCUGUGCUCAGGUACUAGGUUUGAUCAACAUGGAUCUGAGAUACGUUGCAGUGAUGCCAGUCAAAGCCUCCUUUUCCUCACAUGUGGACCAGCCAUGAAAAGCUAAUGAAAUUGUACUUUUUAUUAGCAAUAAUUCCUAUAUAUUUCAACUUAAAGAAAGUGAGAAAACUGGGAAUAUUAGAAGUGAAAGUGCUUACUGUUGUUUCAUGACUUAUUUUGCCGAGAAAUGCAUAAUGAAUGGGUUACUUGCCUGAGCUAUUUUUCUUGACAGCUCUUGCACUAAAAAAGGAGAGCUGGGAGAAGUGCAUUUUGUCUUCAUACCCUUGCUGGAUCGCUGGUUAAGAAGCUACAGAAAUGGUACAUUACUCCCUUCAUCCCCCCUGAGGAGGUUCCUGCUACGUGAUUGUUUAGUUUGGUUAUACCAUAAGUGAUCAUUGAAACUUACAGCGACUUUCCUGGGAGUGAUUCAUAUUUAAGGAAUUACUGGGGGCGAUGCUGUGUUGAAAUUGCACUCUUGUAUGAUAGGAGCUAAUGAAUGGAUCGAGGUUUUUAUCCUUUUUCAGCUGAACUUCCUUCUUAUAGCAUGAAGAAGAAGUAUGAAUGACCAAUUAUUCACACGGUGCAUUGUAUAAGAUUGAGAGUAUGAGGUUUUAAUUUCUCUCAAUUAUAUCAGAUGUCGAGCCAAUACAUCAUAUAUAAAUCAGUAUUUUAUUAACAUACGGGAAAUUCUAUGG